AUGGCCCAGAUCUACAGCAAGUUCCCGCUUCCCGUAACAGGAACCAUCAAAACCACCUGCAUCGACUACGUGCAUCCCUGGACUGACAGCUGUCUGCAGGGGAUUUCCGGCCUCUACUUGUACGCUAUCUUCGACUCCCUCAGGGUCUACGGCACGGUCUAUGUGUUGACGCUGUUAAUGAAAGGCCGCAUCCCCACGAAAGACGACUUGAAGAAAACAGUAUUAGGAGUGCUCCAAUCCACGGCAUUCUUAAGCGGAACGGGCUUCGGCUACUCCCUCUUUCUCUGCCUGCUGAGGAAACUCCUCGGCAACUUCAACAUCCUCUCGGUAUCUUUCCUCCCGGCUUUUCUCUCCAGCGUAUUCGCCAUCCUCAUCGAGCGACCUUCCCGAAGAACCCUCCUGUGUUUAUACGUCAGCAAUGUCGCCACGGAGACCCUCUGGAACAUGGCGCUGUCUCGCAACAUGGUCCGGAACGUCAAAUACGGCGACACCGCCAUCUUCGCCGUGGGCAUGGCUCUUCUCCUCAUGUACUACAAAGCCGGCUACCACAAAGAGACGUCCGCCAAGACCGACCCCAUGUUCGGAGUGUUGAGGUUUGUAGUGGGGCCUUACGAGGAGAAAGACUACAGCGCCAGGUCGAGUCAGGCUAGUAGCUUCUACCGACAGCAAGCCCAAGACAUUCCAAACGUGGGGUCCUCGAGGACGAGGUCGGGGAGUUGGCAAGGGCGCUCCAAGAACCCCGUUUUCCACGUGAUAAGUCAAGCUUUGCGGGUGUACAAGAAGAUUAUUUACAAAAUUAAGUGCUGUGAUAGACACCUUGCAUGCCCCCAUCCGUUCAGUUGUUUGUACUAUACCAUGCAAGGCGUAGGAAAAAUGUUCACUAUCGGUUUAGGGAUUCAAGUGACGCUGAAGUUAGUCCUUAAUUUGAAGAGGGUGAUGCAGUCGCCGAGGAAUCUUAAGACGAUUCUGUUCAAGAAGGACACGCUCAACUUGGCGGCGUUUCUGGGAGGCUUCUCCGGAUUGUUUAGGGCCGUUCUAUGUAUUUUGAGGAGAACGACUGGUAAAGACAGCCCGUCGUACGCCAUCCCGGCGGGCCUAAUCGCCGGAGUGGCCUUCACCAGGUACCCCGACACUACAGUAGCCUUGUACGUCCUGUGGAAAGUAGCGCAGAUAACAUACUUAAUGGGGAUUAAUAAGGGAAUCGUACCACGAAUACCCGGCUUCACGGAAUUCCUCUACUGCUUCAGUACCGCCAUUCUCUUCCACGCUGCUCUCUUAGAACCGACGAAUUUGAGGCCGAGUUACUGGAAGUUUUUGCAUUCGAUUUCGGGCGGAAGGAUUGCCUGCAUGAAUCGCGAACCGUUGGAUGUUUGGGGACUAGGUACUACUGAAUCUCUGGAACGCGUUUUAAAAUUGACCAAGACCCAGGCGGUCUUGAAGUAGGAGAGUACUCGCGGUUGCUACGUGGACCUAGUCAAAGUGGGUGUUAGUUUCCAAGUUUUCUAAGGAAUACAUUAAGUCGGAUAUUUCGUGACUUUGUUGUUGUUUGGUAUUUUAUUAAGGGUAGCACCGGUUUUGGGCGAGCAACUCUUCUUUUGUUAUUAUAUUUUCAUAUUUUUAAUAAAUGAGGUUUUUAUUGUC